AUGCCGCAGGGUUACCCAUUAACUGCAGGAAUUUCUGGGGAGGAGGUGAGCGGCGAGUGGAGGCGAGGGGCAACGCGGGUCUCCUUAGACUUUGCUCUUGGUGUGCGUAUAAAGGGCCGCGGGGCCCCGCGGGCCACUUCACUGGAGGGACGCGUGGCUGUGGCAUGUGGAAGUGGUGCUGCCCUGAGUGCCCGGCCAGCCCCAGGCCCGCUGCGAGGAGGAAGGGUGGUGCACGGGCCUCAGUUCGCCUACUGCCCCAGCCCCCAAGAGCUGGGGUGCUGGGCCAGGGUCCAGUCCAUCUGUGUCUCCCUUCUCAAGGUGCCCCUGAUGUUUGGGUUCCUGUACCUCUUCGUGUGCUCCUUGGACGUGCUCAGCUCUGCCUUCCAGCUGGCCGGAGGUAAGGUGGCCGGGGACAUCUUCAAGGACAACGCCAUCCUCUCCAACCCAGUGGCUGGGCUGGUGGUGGGCAUCCUGGUGACCGUGCUAGUGCAGAGCUCCUCAACCUCCACCUCCAUCAUCGUCAGCAUGGUCUCCUCAGGGCUGCUGGAGGUGCGCUCUGCCAUCCCCAUCAUCAUGGGCUCCAACAUUGGCACCUCUGUCACCAACACCAUCGUGGCCCUCAUGCAGGCUGGCGACCGCAGUGAGUUCAAACGGGCCUUUGCUGGUGCCACGGUGCAUGACUGCUUCAACUGGGUGGUGAGCGGGUACCUGCACCACGUCACCCACCUGGUCGUGGCCACCUUCAACAUCCACAGUGGGAAGGACGCCCCUGACUUGCUCAAGAUCAUCACGGAGCCCUUCACCAAGCUUAUCAUCCAGCUGGACAAGUCGGUGAUCACAGGCAUCGCAACAGGAGAUGAGAGUCUGCGCAACCGGAGCCUCAUCCGUGUCUGGUGUGGCCCUGCACCCCCACAGAUGGCCACCAUGGGGCUUGGGUCCCCCUCAAACUGCAGCACUAAGGGCAUCGAGAGCCUCCACAACGUCACCAGGCAGAAGU